UUCGCCCCCACGUCGUCAGCCGCACGUAAACAGCAAAGUGGAUCGCCAAGCAAAUGCCUAACGUCCAUCCGGUAAGCGUCCCGAGGUAUGUUCCUCCUAAUAGGCUGGUAUUCUGGUGGGUUGUGAUCCAGUUUGCUCGCUUAUCCAUAUAAUCGGAGUACUCCGGAGUACACUCCAGUAAGCAGCCUUUAAGUUCAAGAGGUAUGAAAAGCCAGUUCUCCGCUGAUGUUCCCCGUUAUGUUUACCAUCAGCCAUGGCUCAGACACCCACACUGUUAUUUAUCCACGGUGCGUGGCAUACCCGCGACUGUUGGUCCAAGGUUAUCCCUGCCCUGGAGAAACACGGCUAUCGUUGUGUCGCCCCCCAGGUUGAAUUCUCCGGUACAGAGACCCCAGUCACCUCUGCCGCUGGAAGUAUAAACCAGAUUCAAAGCAUCAUAAUCGACGAGACGAGCAACGGACGCAAUGUGGUCGUGAUCAACCAUUCUUUGGGCGGCGUCGUGGGCUGUUCAGCUGUCAAGGGCUUCACCCGGAAGGAUCCAUCACGACUGGACAACAAUUCUGGGAGCGUCGUUGGCAUCAUCCAGCUCUGCGCCUUCACCCCGCCGCCAAAAUCCGCCGAGUACGAAUUUUUCGGUCCCAUCGUCGAAUCUCGCGCGGCCUUUCACUAUUCGAGUCCAGAUGGCUGGGACUAUAUCGAACCCAACGUCGACAUCAAUGAUUUAUUUUAUAACGAUCUUUCCCCCGAGGAAGCUGAUAUGUGGAAAGGGCGCCUGGUCAAGCAGUCCUCUGCUUGCGUUAAAGAUAUUGAGAAUUUCUACCCUGGUUGGUUGGAUGUGCCAGUCUCUUAUAUUUUGACCACCCACGACAAUGCGCUCCCCGUGCACGCCCAGGAAGCAUUGGUUGCCGCGUCAAAGAAGGCUGGUGCAUCCAUCACAUCCAAGCGAUUGGACUCCGGCCACAGUCCAUUUUUGAGUAGGGUUGAUGAAACUGUGAAUCUGUUCCUCGAGGCGAUAGGGGAGUUCUGAAGCUACAAUCGAUCUAUGGCGAAAGUUCAGGAGCGUUUAAUCAUCCAAUGCAGACAUUGUAUAUCAUAGGUCCUUCAUAAAUGCGUAUAAGAAUAACUACGGCAAAGGCAACAUACCAGGGAACUGCUCGGCGCCUUCGAUAGGGUUGAGCCAGCUCACCCUGUUGCUCGUGUACAGUUCCACCACA